AUGAGAGCUACCAUUCUUUCUUCCGUGGCCACAGUGCUUUCUUUGGCCUAUAACGUCGCACUUGCUACUUCACCAGCAGCGGCUCCUACUGUGAAGCCAAAUACUUCCUUUAAUGACAUACCCCAACCCAUUUUGCAAAAUGUAUACGAAGCCCUCAACUUUGAAAGAUCCAACCAUGCAAAUGGUCGAGUGGAGGAAGAUCCCUUCUACCGUGUGCCAGCUGUGGCAUCGAGAGCCAAGCCAGGCACACUUCUCAAAGUUGAAAUGAACACAAACACUUCAAAGUACACCAUACCACCAAAUACGGCACUGUCUAGAAUCAUGUUCGCCUCCCGAAAUUUGAACGGCUCCGUCGUUCCUGUGUCCGCCUACGUGCUUUGGCCCUAUCACCCCCGUGAAAUCGAUGAUGGCUACCCCGUCGUUGCCUUUGCUCAUGGAAAUUCUGGAAGUCUUGGAGACUGCGCUCCAUCUCACCUGCGAUCCUUGUGGUACCAUUUCGAAGUACCGUUUGAGUUGGCACUACAGGGCUAUGUAGUCGUCGCGCCGGACUAUCAAGGGCUGGGGGUGAACAAAGACCAACAUGGGCGACCAAUCUAUCAUAACUUCUUGGCGAAUCCAGCAGAAGCUAAUGAUUUGUUUUACGCUACUGAAGCCGCGCAGAAGGCAUUCCCCAAGCUAUCACGCAAGUUUGUGACAAUGGGGCAUUCGCAAGGCGGCGGAGCAGCAUGGGCAGCUGCCCAUCGUCAAGCUGAGAAUCCUGUCAAAGGAUAUCUUGGAACGAUUCCUAUCUCUGCAGUGACAAAGUUCCUGGAAGAAAGCCCCGGUGUGCUGCAUAACUCGUCCAGUGGAACUGCAAUUUUAGUUGCACACGGACUGAGAAAGGUGUUCCCGGACUUUGAACCGAGAAGCAUACUGACACCCAAAGGAAUUAAGCGACUGGAUUUUCUGCGACAGAUCCAAGGUUGCAAUGCCGUUGUCUCUCAGCUUUUCCCUGACAUUGGCGAACUCGUACAUGACGACUGGGCUACGAACAAAUAUAUAUUGGAAUAUCAAAAUCUCACACAAAAUGGCAACCGAGCAAUUGCUAGCCCAAUGCUGAUUAUGCAAGGAACAGCAGACCCAGCAGUUCCUGAAUCAGUUACAACAUCUGUUGUCGAUACAAUGUGCAGAAAAAAAUUGGGCUCUUCUGUAAAUUACGUACGGUUUGAGGGAGUCGGCCAUACUCCCACCUGUUACGCAAGCCGUAGGAUCUGGCUGGAUUGGAUUGCGGCAAGGUUUGCUGGAGAGCCUCUGACUUCUGGCUGUCACAGGGAUCUAAUAAGGAGCGCCUUGCCGUAUAAGAACUAUCAAUUUGAAACAAACUUCGUGCUCAAGUAUGCGACGUUGAAAUACGAGUUGGCCUGA